AUUUUUUUUCCCCACUUGUGGGUUCUCUGGCUUCCUUAUCUCCAGAGGCAAGGCAUUGUGUGAACCAAAUUUCUUGGUUUGUUUGUUUUUGCAAGGGUGGCUUAUCUGGAUAACCUUUAUGUUGCUUUACAGGGGCAGCCUCUGAUUAAAUUGCAAAUGUCGUGGAACGAAGAAGAACUCAUACAUACUUUCAACGGCAUCAGAUUUACUACAAGAUCCUCACUGGAACUUUUACAUUCUUUGGUUUCAUUUGAUGCUAGAGAAGAUGAUAUUCUGUUGGUUUCCUACCCAAAAUCUGGAACCCACUGGCUGGCGGAAAUCCUUACCCACAUCUAUGCAUCCAAAGUGGCUUUGACUUCUCCGAUUGAAUUUGGAGACCUUUCCAAAUUGGAUCAACUGAAUCGCCUUUCCUGCAAAAGGAUCAUCCCGACCCACUUGGACAGCAACCUGCUUCCACCAGCAUUCAGGGUCAAGCAUUGCAAGGCCAUUUAUAUAGUCAGGAAUCCAAAGGAUAUUGCGGUAUCCAUGUUCCAUUACUAUCAAGAGAACCCAAACCUUCCCACCGUAGACUCUUGGCCGAAUUUCCUGGAGAUGUUCUUAAAAGGAGAUGUUGUCUGCGGAUCCUGGUUUGACCAUGUUUUAAGCUGGGAAAAACAUUUGCAUGAGAAAAACAUCCUGUUCUUGUUCUACGAAGACAUGAAAAAGGAUCUCCCCAAGAUGGUGAAGAAAUUAAGUGCCUUCCUAGGGCUCAACCCCAGCGAGAGCCAGAUCUAUGAAAUUUGCAAAAGGGCUUCCUUCAGUGAAAUGAAAUCCAGUACAGAAAAAGAAAAUUCUGAUCAAAGCCACACGGUCUGCGUACUCACUUCCAACCGGAAAUUGAUAUUCCGAAAAGGUACCGUUGGUGAUUGGAAGAAUCACUUCACUCCCAAACAGAACCGGCUGUUUGAAGAGACAUUUAAGAAGAAAAUGACAUUCAGCGAAGUGGCAAAACAUCUCAUUUAUGAAUGUUGAUUUGGAAAUGAACCAUACGCACCUGGAUCAAAACAUGUUUAAAAGACUAAUAUUUUUCACAUGGAUAGAUUCGUUUUCUUCCAAAGAAUCAGAUGGAGAAGAAACAGGAGGAACUUGUAAAGAAAUUCUGCUCUUGAGGAUUGCAGCUGAUCCAUUCUGUUGUCCUUACUUCUAUUUUUUGUCCCAUCUCUUAGAACAGGGGUCUUCAACCUUGGGCCUUUUAUGACUUGUAGACUUCAACUCCCAGAAUUCCUCAGUCAGUGUGCCUAAAUGAACGGUCACUAAAUGAACGUUUACCUCAGGGGUCUUCAAACUUGGCCACUUUAAGACUUGUGGACUUCAAGUCCACAAGUCAUAAAAGGGCCAAGUUUGAAGACCCCUGUCUUACAACAAUCAAUUCGGUGUACCAUAGCCAAUAUGAGCUGCUUCAUUUAUUGCUCCUUAAUGAUCAUUAUCUACAUAUCUCUAGUUUGGUUUGGUUCCAUAAGCCUUGAGUUCCCACAGGUUUCUUGACCCCUGCCCUAUUAUAAUUCUUCCUAUUGUUCCUCAAGGAACACAAUUAUAGCCUGAAAAUAAUUAGGCAGAGAAUUGGGGUGUUGAUAAUCUGUGUGAGAGAAGUUCAAGGCACUUUUUUUGUUUUCUGAUGAGGAAGAUCAGUGAUAGAAAUUUCCCUCCUGCACUUUCUUUACCCAGAAUGUUAUGUGGCAAUGUAGAAAUAAUUGAAUCAGAAAUAAACUAUUUAAUGGACCAUGAAUAAAUAAACACAAAUGGACAAUGAAGGAUCUUUAGUCCAACCCUCUCCAAUGUGCAGGAAAUUCAAUUCAAUUAACGUUUCCUAAUCUCAGCAAGUUUACAAUGUGUUGACGUCUGUCGGCUGGGGAAUUCUGGGAAUUGAAGCCCACACAUCUUAAAGUGGGAUCAUCUUUGAGAGAUUGUUAUUCAACAUCCUCUUAAAAAAAACUUCUAGAGGUCAAGAGUCGUAAAUACUAUAGCUAUUCAAAAUUUUAAAAAAACUUCUAGAGCAGUGGUUCUCAACCUUUCUAAU